UGGAGUUGGGAAGAAGCGGUUUGUUGUGAGAGUUUCUCUCCGCGGCGGCUCGAGCAUCAUGGACGGCUUCGGUGGUUUUCUGAGCUCGGCUCUGGUUCUCCUGGUUCUGGGGCUGAGUGCGGUGAGCUGCGACAUCACGGACGGGAACACGGAGCACCUGAAGCGGGAACACUCGCUGAUGAAGCCGUACCAAGGUGUUGGCAGCAGCCCGAGCAGCCAGUGGGAUUUCUGGGGAAGCACGUUGGUGACCGGCUCAUAUGUCCGACUCACCCCCGAUGAGAGGAGCAAGCAGGGAUCCAUCUGGAACACUGUGCCUUGUUACCUGAAGGACUGGGAGAUGCACGUGCAGUUCAAAGUUCACGGCUCAGGAAAAAAGAAUCUCCACGGCGACGGCCUGGCCAUCUGGUACACGAAGGACAGACUGCACCCAGGCCCAGUGUUUGGAAACCAAGAUCAGAGUCUUGGCCUGGCUAUUUUUUUGGAUACCUUCCGCAAUGACCUCCAUGGAAUGGAUCGUUCCUUCCCGUUCAUUUCAGCCAUGGUGAACAACGGCUCGGUGAGCUACGACCACGGCAGAGACGGCCGCUCGUCGGAGCUCGGCGGCUGCUCGGCGGAGAUCCGGAACCGAGAGCACGACACGUACCUCGCCGUCCGCUACUCCAGAGGACGCCUCACUGUGAUGAUUGACGUGGACGACAAGAACGAGUGGAAGGAGUGCAUUGACAUCGGGGGGGUUCGACUUCCCACUGGAUAUUUCUUCGGUGCCUCAGCAGCCACAGGGGAUCUGUCCGAUAACCAUGACAUCAUCUCCAUGAAGCUCUACCAGCUGAUGGUGGAACACACGCCUGAGGAGGAGAACCUGGACUGGACCAAGAUCGAGCCCAGUGUCAGUCUGCUCAAGUCUCCUAAAGACAACAUCGACGACCCUACUGGGAACUUCCGGGGCACGCCCCUCACGGGCUGGAAGGUGUUCCUGCUGCUGCUGUGCGCUCUGCUGGGGAUCGUCGUGUGCGCCGUGGUGGGAGCGGUGGUUUUCCAGAAGAGACAGGAGAGGAACAAGAGGUUUUACUGAGGAGGGAGGAGGGAGGAGGAAGAGGCGUUUGUGGUGGAAUGAACUGUUUCCAGAUGACAUAGCACAUUCAAUGUGAAUUUCUUUUCUAAAGAUUGUACAAAUGUUUAUAUCUUUCGAAGCACUGCGUUGAGAGUGAAUCUCGCCGACUCGUGGUGUUGGUGAGACGGUGCAGAACAAGUGGCUCCUUCCAUAAGUGACCCUGAUCAAUACUGGGUUUUGUUUUCCAUGUCUUUGUGUUUAUUCACGGAAGCAUCAUAAUGAGUUUACUGUCAUUCACAACGAUUGCACUCUGAGUUUCUUUCACGAUUGUGUUCUCACCUGCUCAUUGAUUCUUCAGCCAUUUCCUGAUGUUCUCUGCUCCAAGUGUGAUCCUAAGAAGACGGUGAAAGUUUGGCAUCAAACUGUCAUUUCCAUUUUUCUUUUUUUUUUAAACAGUUUGUUACCGUACUUACUGCGUAGAGUGUAAAUAAAGAUGGACCUGGUGUCUCCACUUCCUCCCACUAUCCAGAGAUCACACCAAAAUAUCCCCAGAACUGAACAUCUCCAUCUCAGGAUGACAUUUGGAGCCAGAGUCUGCAAAGUGGCGAGCAGGACAGGGAGCCACGCUACCAAGGUCCCGCCCAUACACAGGCUCAGCCAAUCACAACUCAGUCUGAGCUGUCAGUCAUGGCGUUUCACUCCAUUUUAAUAUAAUCAAAUUACUCAAAUCUGACAUUUUUGUGGUAAUGAGCUGUGGACUUUUGUUAUUUUUCGGUCAGUCUACAGGAAAAGAGAUUGGAGCAAAGUAUCGGCUGAUUUAUUCUCUUCGUGUGGCUGUUGCUCUCAUUGUUGCUGAUUUCUAAUCGCUAUUUUUUUUUUUUUUAUAAAUUAGAAUGAAUUGAAAUGAUCAUUUGCACUUACUGAUCAUUUCAUUAAUUUCUCUCUGCUCCUGCUACACGUCCGGUUUCUGUGUUGAUUUCAAAUCGUUUCAUUGCAGAUGUUUGCCUUUGCCUCUUUAUUCAGGUUGUUUCUCAUUGAAUCUGAUUCAAUGAUUGAGAAAUCACAAUUCCCCAGGUUUCAAAUAUUCAAAUCGCUUGUUUUGAAGAAAAGGAAUUAUUUGAAUGUUUUAACUAUGAGUUCUUUAUAAAUGCCAAUUAAUCUGUCAAUUGAUUGAUUUCUCGUCAUGUCUCUACAACGCUGCACUUAAGAAUAUGAGACAUCACAUGGACAGAGAAAGUGAAACUGCCUUUCAGAAAGUUGAAUCACUGAUCUCAGUCACUGUGUUUUUGGUUUUCUUCCGGCUUCCAUCUAUUGUUCUCGUUUGGUUCUGUCCCUUCAUUGUUAAAUUGGGGAUUCAACACUCGUUCUUUCAUUACUGCAGAAACAAAGAUGGUCUUUUCGUCUGUAUUUGCCUCUGCUGCAUCGUUAGGUUGGUGAUGAGACUUGAAUCUGCUCCUCAUCAGAAAUAACGUAAUAAAAUGGGAAAAACAAC